AUGAGUGUAACUGUAACCAGAAAAACACCCGAGCUGCUUUGUCCAGCAGAAUCCACACCACAUGAAUUCAAAAUUCUCUCUGACAUAGAUGUCCAAAUCUUCCUCCAAAAAUAUGUUAAAACAAUAAAUAUCUACCAAAAUAUUCCAUCCAUGGAAGGGAAAGAUCCAGUGAAGAUUAUUCGUGAGGCUAUUGCCAAAGCCUUGGUCUUUUACUACCCGUUGGCCGGCCGGUUGAGGAAACACUCUGGUGGAAAGCUCGUGGUGGAAUGCACCGGCCAAGGGGUAGUGUUCGUGGAGGCCGACGCAGAUGCGACGCUGCAGCAUUUCGGAGUGGAUGGCCUUUUCUAG